AUGUGGCUUACAGUGGCGAAUCGCUUCAACAACGUCUCCUCUGCUCGACUUUAUGCUCUUCAGGUCGUUGCAAAGCAAGGACGACCAAUGAUGGAGUUUCUCACAGAGAGCUCAACCAUUUGCUCUCUUCUUCAGCCGGUGGGACACACGGUUCCUCAGCAGAUAAAGAUCUUUACGGCUCUGAAGGGUCUUGGCCCGGAGUAUGAAUCGGUCAAGGCUAGUAUUGAAGGAGACAUGGAUAUGGUUCCACCUCCCAUCUUCAGGGGUAUUUCACCAAGGCUGAUAAGUGCAGAAGCUAGGAUCCAGACUUUCACAGCUGGUGCUGAAGUGUCACCUCAUCUGGUCUUUAAUACGAUGCAAGUUAACUACACCACUCGCGGCCAAGGUCAGACUUAUGGUCGUCGUGGAAGAGGCCGUAGAUUUUCCACCAGAGGACGUGGGGCCUCAAACAUACUCUGGGACUCGACCAUUGAAGAGGAAGUCCCUACUGCUAUGGCUGCAAUGCGCAUCACUGAUAUCACGGAUCAAACCGGUCAUGAGUGGUUCCCUGACACAGGUGCUACUGCUCAUGUGACGAGUUCUGUCAACAACUUGCAACACUCACAGCCUUACUAUGGUUCAAACAGUCAUGGUGGCAGAUGUUAUCUCCAUCGGAGUCAUAUUUCUCCUCUGACUCAGGCGUGGUUCAAAGGGUUUGUGCACCCUGACACGACCACGGUUAGGGACGUUCCGAGUGCUAUGCCAUCAGUACACCCUCAGUUAAUUCAACUACCUGUCUCUCCACCAAAUUCGUCGUUAGAUUCUUCUAUUUCUUCUGAGACUGCAUGCACUGGGCGUACGGCGUGUAUUGGAAACGCAUCUAUAGGCGACAGCGUGCACGACUUAGGAGAUAGGACAAACAGUUUGCCACCGUCUUCACCGUCUCCAACUCAACCAUCUCCAGCUAUAACAUAUGCUGGUGUAGUAAACCAUCCUAUGAUUACUCGCACUAAGGAUGGCAUUCGCAAACCAAAUCCAAGAUAUGUGUUACACACACAAAAGGUUGUGUUUCCUCAGCCAAAGACAGUUACAGAGGCACUGAAGCAUCCUGGCUGGAACAAUGUUAUGACGUGUGAAAUCGAUACUUGUGGUGAGACCAGAACAUGGUCAUUGGUACCUUAUACCCCUGCCAUGUAUGUUUUAGGUAGUAAAUGGAUCUUUACACCUAAGAUUCAGGCAGAUGGAUCCCUUGAGAGAUUAAAAGCCAGAAUUGUUGCUCAAGGUUUUGAUCAAGAAGAAGGGAUUGAUUAUCUUGAAACGUAUAGCCCAGUUGUCUGCUCAGCCACGGUUAGACAGGUGUUACAUACAAUGACUGUAAUGAACUGGGAAGUGACUCAGAUGGAUGUCAAGAAUGCGUUCUUACAUGGAGAUUUAACCGAGGUCGUUUACAUGAAACAACUACCAGAGUUUGUAGACAAGGCAAAACCGGAUCAUGUCUGUCUUCUACUCAAAGCGAUUUAUGGUCUAAAGCAGGCUCCGCGUGCAUAG